CCUGAUUCUGCCUCCCCAACCCUGAGACGCGCCCCACCCGCUAGAGUUUUCGGGCUGCGGAGGGGCAGGGCUGGGCGCGGAGCGGGCUGCAGGCGGGCCCUCACGCGUCCCUCCCCCCAGGCCGGGGCUCAUGGCGCCCAAAAAGAAGCGCGGGAGCCGGCCGGCAGACAGCGCCGCCGCCGCCAACGCCGAGGCGCAGCUGUCGGAGCGCGCGCAGUACCUGCUGCGCGAGCACGGGCUGCUCACCCAGCAGCUGGACGCCUACGAGCAGUGCGUGGACCAGGUGCUGCAGGACAACAUCCUCCUGGACGGCGAGGCGCUGCGCCUGCGCGACGAGAACCGAUUCUACGCCACCUACGUGAGCGCGCACGCGCAGCGCUGCGCCAACGCCACGGUGCGCCUGGAGGAGCAGAACCGCGUGGACCUGGCGCAGAUCCACAGCCAGCGCACCGACCUGGAGGCGCUCUACCACGGGCGCGAGGAGGGCGUGCGCGCGCAGCUGCAGGAGAUGGAGGCGCGCGCGGCGCACAUGGCGCGGCAGGUGCAGGAGCUGCAGCCCUACAAGGAGCUGCAGCUGGAACAGCUGGCGCGGAUCCGGACGCUGGAGCGCGAGCUGCUGCACAUGCGCGUGGAGCACACGCAGCUGCUCCACCGCGUCAAGCGGCGCUUUCUGGAGGACAAGGCGGCCUUCGAGCGGGAGGCGCGCCAGCGGGUGCAGUCCAUGGCGCGUCGCGCGGAGAGGGAGGCGGCGCGCGCGCUCAUCGCGCACACGCAGUCCAUCAAGGCGGACAACGGGCGGCUGCGGGAGGAGCUGCUGCGGCUGCUGCGCCGGGCCCACCUGCUGCACGAAAUGCGGCGCCAGCUGCUGAUGCAGCGCGAGCAGCUGUGGAGCGAGCACCAGGACACGUGGGACCUGGCGCGUGUGCACAAUUGGCUGCGCCGGGGGCCCGGAGGCCCGGAGCUGUUUCAGCCGCUAGCCUCCCCGCGCCAGGGGUCCAUAGCCUCCGGCACAGACUCCUCCAACUCCCCGCCAGGCUCCUUGUUCGAGCCCUCUCGGAACCCGUCCCAGGCCUCUUCCCUCGCCGUCUCCAGGGCCCCGUCAGUGGUCUCGCUGCGUGUGAGCUCCACGGUCCCGUCGCUGGCCUCGUUGAAGGCGGGGUCACAGUUGCGUUCCCAAGACUGGUCGAAAAGGGACUCCCAAGUCUCCUCCUUGUCCCCGUCCCGCCUGGGCUCCCUGGCCCUGUCCGGCCCCGGCUCGCGGCUCUCAUCCUUGACCCAGUCGCUCCAUGGCUCCAGGAUCCCUUCGCGGUCCUCGUACCGCGGGGCCUCGCAGAGCACCACUGCCUCUGCUGAUUCUGCCCCGGGGCCGGGCGAGCCGACGGAGACCAAGGACACUGACAGGGCAGACUGAACCCGCCCGGAAGGAGUCCAGGCUGGGGGAGACCGAGCGCAGGAAGCUAGCUGGUGAGUGCAGUUGUUCAUAAAAAUGUGACACCCCUACCCCCCCCCCCCCACACACACCUCUGUGCCCUGCUGCUGCAGCGCUUCCUGCCAGCUCCGGGCCCCUUACUCCUUUCCAGGCGGCAAGGUAGCUUGAUGUGCCCUCACCCCGUGUCAGCCGGAGCCAGCAUCCCUCCCCACCAUGGCUGGCCUCGGCUGCUCCCACAGGGCCAGGGCCGGAGAAAGUCGGGAUGACCGUGGUGGCAGAGACGGCAAGGG